AUGGCAAUGAACAUGCGAUUUGCAAAUCUAACGCAUAAUCCAACAUAUUGGAGAAUUCGACGAUCUAUACGCCGGUUCGGUAGAUCAGUUCGUCAAACACUGCGACCUUUAUGCGUCCGCGCAAAUCAUGAAGUAGAUCAUCAAAGAGAACCUCUAUCAAGACCACCAUCGUCCAAUAAAAAAGUUAUCAACAAACAAAUCUCGGAACAACAUGUGGCUAUAGCUGCAGUUAUUACCACUUUUUGUACGACGGAAAAUCUUGUUUCCCGUACAAGUCAAUGUAACCAAACCAUGGCGUUCUUCGAAGAAGAUCUCAAUCGUUGGAUCGACAAGUCUAAUGAAAACAAAAAACAAAAACUUUCUUUAGAAAAUGGUCAAAUAAAUUGUCCAAUGGUAAAAGGUUUCCAAGGUCGUGUCAAAAACGCUUUUAUCGCUACCGUUCUCAAAGCAUACUGUGAACAUNGAGAAAUUAGUCGGAUGGUGCACUGCUGUUCUCUAUAG